GCGGCCUCAGCGACAGCGGGACCGACAGCGGGACCAGCACCGGGACCGGCACCACACCGGCACCACACCGGCACGGCCGCCCCCACCGCCGCCGAGCCCCGCGGGGAACGCGGAGAAUCCCAGGAGGAGCCGGUAUCCCACGUCUUGGAGUUUUUCAGACAAUGCAUCUGCCUGCGCGUGCACCUGCCCUUCAUUCCCAGCUAAAGACUGAGCUGUGUGCAAUUCCCAUGCCUUGCUGGCGUCGUUGAAGCCCUGUGAACCCACAGGGUGAUAAAGGGAAGGAAACUAUGCUGUGAGGAACUUUUCACCUGGAGCAGCAUCCACAGCUGGUACCUGGGGGAGGAUGAGCACUCCAAAUGGAUUUCCACAGCACUCAAGGGCAUGUGUUACCCAGAGCAUGGAGGGUGGAGCAGUGCAGGACCUGCAGGCUAAAAAAGCCGGAAAAGCAGCCAAAAAGGAGGCUGGUGGCCGUGUGGCGAUUCCUGCCGAAGGUCCUGUGAGCGUGGGCACCCCUGUAAGUGAGACCUUAAAGCUUCUCCCAGAGGAGCUCAAAGCCAAUAUGAAAAUUAAAUCGAUCACCCCGAGGCCUCCCCGGAAGCCCCGGCUGGAACGUGCUGCAUCCCUGGAUGAGAAGAGCUGGAGGAAGUGGAGGCGCUUUAGGACGAGCCAGGAGAGCCUGACUGACCCCAACGACACGAGUUCCUCCAACGGUUCCCUGCAGGAAGCAUCCCCCAGCCCUCCCAACAGGGGCAGGGCGAGCCCCUGCCAUCCCUGCUGCCAGCAGAACUCCUUGCACAGCUCACCAGACGCCUCAGAAGCCAGUGCCGUGGGGAAGAGCAGGGGGAGCACCUCCGACCUGGGGAAACGAGCCUCGGAGAUCUCCAGUGCCUUCGGGGGGCUGCUGCGGGGCAAAGCGUUCUCGGGAGGCAAACCCCGCCUGGCCCAAAUCAUGCCGGCUCGCCCCCUGCCCCCCAUGGAGCUCAACGUGGCCUCUCACACCCCGAGGACAGCUAAUAGGAUCGACUCAGAUUGUCUGGAUUACCGACAUUAUUCUCAGCACAAGUUUGGGAGGGUGAGCAGCAGCCUGAGCGACACCCGGCUGCACGGCAACGGGAUGGUGUCCGACAGCUGCUCCACAGACUCCAUGAAAUCCACCUUCAGCCUGCUCACCCCCAUCCGAGCCAAGGAUGUCCGCAGCAGGAGCUAUUUGGAAGGCAGCCUUAUGGCAAGUGGUGCCUUACUGGGAGCAGAAGAACUGAGCAGAUAUUUCCCUGAUCGGAAUAUUGGAAUUUUUGUGGCCACCUGGAACAUGCAGGGUCAGAAGGAACUUCCAGUGAAUCUGGAUGACUUUUUAUUGCCAACAGACCCUGACUAUGCCCAGGACAUGUAUGUCAUUGGGGUUCAAGAAGGCUGUCCAGACAGAAGAGAGUGGGAGAUCCGCCUGCAGGAGACUUUGGGCCCCCACUACGUUCUGCUCUACUCGGCCGCACACGGGGUGCUCUACAUGUCAGUCUUCAUCCGCAGGGACCUCAUCUGGUUCUGCUCAGAAGUGGAGUACGCCACGGUGACAACUCGAAUCGUUUCUCAGAUCAAAACCAAGGGAGCGCUGGGAAUCUGCUUCACGUUUUUUGGGACCUCCUUUCUCUUCAUCACCUCCCACUUCACGUCUGGGGACAGUAAAGUGAAUGAGAGGAAACUGGACUACAAUAAAACCAUUCAAGCCCUCACGCUUCCCAAGAAUGUUCCAGACACAAAUCCAUAUCGAUCCAGUUCUAGUGAUGUCACAACUCGGUUUGAUGAAGUCUUCUGGUUUGGUGACUUCAACUUCCGACUGAACAAGGACCGAGAGACUGUGGAUUCCAUCCUGAAGCAGAACCCGGACACAGACGUGUCCAGGCUCCUGGUGUAUGACCAGCUCACCAGUGAGAUGAGUAGGGGGUCUAUUUUCAAAGGAUUCCAAGAAGCUGACAUCCAUUUCCGCCCUUCCUACAAGUUUGACAUAGGGAAGGACAGCUAUGACACCACUUCCAAACAAAGGACUCCUUCCUACACGGACCGGGUCGUGUUCCGCAGUCGGUACAAGGACGACAUCCAGGCUGUCAAAUACUCCUCUUGUCCUGUGAUCAAAACCUCAGACCAUCGCCCUGUGUUUGCCUUGUUCCGUGUGAAAGUGAGGCCUGGCAGAGACAACAUUCCACUUGCUGCGGGGCAGUUUGACAGAGAACUGUAUUUAAUGGGAAUAAAGAGGAGGAUCACGAGGGAACUUCAGAAACGACGGGAGCAAAAGGACCAAAAAUCCAGCAGCAUAUGUAGCAUUUCAUGAGCUGAGAGCCCUGCAAUGCUUGUGGUAGAGGUGCCCUGACAAGAGGAUUUCAGGCCCUGGCAAACCCUGCAGGGAAUUGUCUGCUUAAGCACCUCUGGCAGUGGUGAAGAAUGUCUUAAACCUCAUCCUGGAUUCAUCUGCAUGAGCUAAUCCACGUAGCUCAAGUGCUUUUGCCGAAGAAAAGGAGUCAGUUAUUUAAGACAUCCAUCCCAACAGGUAAAAUGGAUUUUAUUUUUAACCAAACUAUCUUAGGAAGCCACUGGGGUGCAGCCUGUUGGUUAUAGGAGGACUCCACACAAGGGCACAGCUGCUGGAAUUGGCAUCACCUGGGCCAGGGGACCCAAGACAAGCCUGCAGGAAAGUGAAUUUUUUUGUUUGUCUCCUUUGGUUUGGUCAGAUCUGCUUGCUUACAGUGUGGGGUUGGGGUUUGCUCCUUCUCUGUAGCCAAGUGUUCAGUAUUCUGUAAAAUGAGUACAAGGGACCAGCUGAUGAACUUGGGGGCAGUUCUGUGUGUGGAUGGUGCUCCUUUGUUGGGCUUUUUGGGUCCUCUCCAGCAGGAUGUGUGUGAAUGUACUCCUGUACACUGAAGUGUAGAAACAUUGCCUUUCAAUAAUCAUUCUACAGGCCUUCUGUUACUAAGGGGGUAAAUAUCCCUGCUCUCAGGCCAUAUAUUUGGCUGCUUGAAACAAUCCCUCCCUGACCUCACUUGCCCUCUCCAGGGCUCACCAAACACUACCUGCCUUCAGCAGCAGGACACCUGAACUGAAACGAAUGGUCUAAGUCCAGUACUGUGUGAUGCUUCACCAAAGUGAUGCCAAGUGAGUGUACCAGGGGGGUUUGCAGAGCCCAGUCAGCUCCACGCAGUUCCAUCACCUCCAGUCCCACUCAGUUCCUUUUGGUUUUUGUUUUUCCAACCUGGUGAACUUUGAAUAACUUGCUCUUUCAAAGUAGUGUUGUCUUAAGGCUAAACAUACUACAAGGACCAGUGUGGCACUGGUCAAAUUUAAAGUAAAGUACAGCUAAUACUUAAAAACUCCUCAUGGGCACAGAUGGGCUGGAUCAUUCAUCACCUUUAGUACCUAAAACACCCAGCAAACACCUUGGAGGAAGUGCUGCUGACUAUGCAACCUGUCCAAGACAGAGCUUCUGUUCUGCGGUACAUUUAUGGCACUGACCUGUCUGUAGCCAUCAGGCACUUGGAUUUCCUUUCUUUUUAAAGGAAUAAAAAAAUAAAUUAAUGCAAUACCUUAA